AUGAGCUCUCCAAACACUCCCUCAAAACAUGGUAGCCAUGCUCAAUUACGGCGCCCUUCUCUCCUCUCAAACGAGGAUAGCCACAAUCCUCUAGGCACGCGCAGUGGCGCCCUCCAGUCCCUCAUCCGCAGCCGCUCUCACCAGAGCAUACAGAGCUUGAGCAGUUCUGUUCCUGCGCAUCCUCCCUCUUUCUGGAUGGGACCUGAUGAUGAGGAGACUGGGCUGCUUCGCCACGACCAUGACGAGCUUGGCAGGCUGCUCGCUGAUGAGCGUCGCCUAACCCAACUGCUCCACGGGCCCCAGAACCGUAGUGCCAAACUCAUUGGCAGAAGCAACCCUCGAUAUCGAUGGGAGCAAUACUGGAAGCCUGAGGAGGAGCUGGCUGCUAUGUCCAAACCACUGCGCGAGUACUAUGAGAGAACAAAUGAGUUGAUUCAGCAAUAUCUGUACAUCGAUGCUCUCCUCGACUCCGCUAUUCCCCACGAUCUUCUCAACGAGUACCAAGCAGAGCUUGAAGCCUCUGCAUUCCGACCACUUGACGUCCCGGAUACCAUCAACGAGGAGCCCUCCACCACAUCCGACUCCCCCCCUCUCACUGGAUCAACUCCUGCAUCCGCAUCUAUCACUCCAGGCUCCUAUGGCACUGUCAGUGUCAAGGCUAGUAAUUCGACCACAAAGCUCCCUGCUACUCGCACACCUCAAGACAUCUUCCGUUCCUCCGAGAACUUGCCUCUCCUUCAGCAUCAGGAUCAAUCCGAAGACGAGGACGAGGAGCAACCUCCGCUACCUGCUAGCCAAGAAGAUGACAACGGCCCCAAGCCCUUGCUACCGUGGUUAGAGGAUGCUGAAAUCGACAGCGACGACCCCAUCGUGACAUUGGCCAUCUGGGUCAAUUUCGUCGCCAAUGCCAUUUUACUCGCUGGAAAGCUUGUUGUCAUUGUCUCAGUCCCUUCAAUGUCCGUCCUUGCCAGUUUGGUAGAUGCUGUGCUUGAUUUCCUCAGUACUGUCAUCGUAUGGAUUACUACGCGUCUCAUCUCGUCCAGUCAUCAAGACCAAUAUAGCUAUCCUGUUGGUCGCCGCAAACUCGAACCACUUGGCGUCCUCGUCUUUUCCAUCAUCAUGAUCACAUCUUUCUGCCAAGUCGGACUCGAGUGUAUUUCUCGCCUCAUGGAUCCUGAGCAUGCUAUCCUUGAGUUGGGUAUUCCAGCUAUCGCCAUCAUGGUUUCUACCAUCGUCAUCAAGGGUGCCUGCUGGAUCUGGUGCCGUGUCGUCAAGAACUCAAGUGUCAGAGCACUGGCUGAGGAUGCAAAGACGGAUGUGAUCUUCAACACUGGUUCCAUCCUGUUCCCUAUCAUUGGCUACUAUGGGCGAAUCUGGUGGCUUGAUGCUGUCGGUGGCUUGUUCCUCUCGCUUGUUGUUAUCUUCAACUGGAGUCAGACCUCGGCACACCACGUCCGUAACCUUUCAGGCUUCUCCGCCCAGCCUGACGAGCGAAACCUGCUGCUAUACUUGACCAUGCGCUUCGCCACUGCCAUUCGUCAGAUUCAAAAUUUGCGCGCCUAUCACGCUGGUGACAAACUCUUCGUCGAGGUCGAUAUUGUGCUUUCUGCAGCAACACCUCUCAAGGACAGUCAUGAUCUUAGCGAGGUGCUGACAUACUUCCUCGAAUCUGUGCCAAUUGUUGACCGAGCAUUCGUCCACGUUGAUUACACUAGUUAUAAUGCCCCGACUCACAUGCUCAAAGGAUCUGCCGCAAAACAGAAAUAA